GGCCAUCAGUCUGCUAACGGAACAGUAGGAAGUUUCUGCUGGGGCACGGUGCUAAAGCUUGGAAUUACAUCUGAAAUUGUAUGUCCGGUCGCUAACACAGAAUCCAUUUUUACCCCAAAGAGUCUACAUGUCUGAAUAAGAGACAUGUUCAGCUUUGUGGAUACUCGGACUUUGCUGUUGCUUGCAGCAACUUUAGUCGUUGGAAGAUGUCAAGCCGAAGAUGAUGCCAACGAAAAGGGCUGCAUGAAGGAUGGACAAACGUACAACGAUAAGGAUAUCUGGAAACCCGAGCCUUGCCAGAUCUGCGUCUGCGACGGCGGCCAGGUUCUGUGCGACGACAUAAUCUGCGAGGAAACCAACGAUUGCCCCAAUGCUGAAAUCCCCUUCGGAGAAUGCUGCCCUAUCUGCCCCGAACACGGACCAGAAGAUGGAGGAACAUAUCCUACUGGCCCAAGAGUCCAGGGACCUGAAGGCCCUAAGGGAGAAUCAGGCCCUAAGGGAGACAGGGGACUUCCAGGAUUACCAGGAAGAGAUGGAAUUCCAGGAACUCCCGGCAGAGAUGGUCCAGCCGGUCCACCUGGCCUUCCCGGAACAGCUGGCGGAAACUUCCUCCCACAAAUGAGCGGUGGCUAUGAUGGUGGCUACAGUGAGAAAACAUCUGGUGGAAUUCCAAUGCCUGGUCCUAUGGGUCCUAUGGGUCCCAGAGGAGCUCCCGGCCCAGCUGGCUCACCUGGCCCUCAAGGUUUCCAAGGACACCAAGGCGAAACUGGUGAAGCAGGUGCACCUGGUCCAAUGGGUCCACGCGGUCCUUCUGGUCCUCCCGGCAAGAAUGGUGAUGAUGGUGAACAUGGCAAGGCUGGUCGUCCCGGUGACCGUGGUUCUCCUGGUCCUCAGGGCGCUCGUGGUUUCCCUGGAACCCCCGGAUUGCCAGGAAUCAAAGGACACAGAGGUUUCAAUGGUUUAGAUGGUGCCAAGGGUGAAUCUGGACCUGCUGGCCCCAAGGGUGAGACUGGUUCCGCUGGUGAAAAUGGAACUCCUGGUGCAAUGGGUCCACGUGGUAUCGCUGGAGAGAGAGGUCGUCCUGGUGCUUCUGGCCCUGCUGGUGCUCGUGGUAACGAUGGUGCCAGUGGAGCAGCUGGUCCACCUGGUGCUGUUGGUCCUUCUGGUCCUCCUGGCUUCCCUGGUGCUCCUGGUGCUAAGGGUGAAGCUGGCGUCGCUGGUAGUCGUGGUGCUGAUGGUGCUACUGGUGGUCGUGGUGAAGCUGGAAACCCUGGACCUGCUGGCCCAACUGGUGCCCCUGGCAGCUCUGGUAGUGAUGGUGCUCCUGGUUCCAAGGGUGGAGUUGGUGCUCCUGGCAUUUCUGGUGCUCCUGGUUUCCCUGGCCCAAGAGGACCAAGUGGCCCACAAGGUACUGUCGGAGCUACUGGCCCUAAGGGUAACAAUGGUGAUUCUGGUGCUCCCGGUUCCAAGGGUGAAGCUGGUGGAAAAGGCGAUACUGGUAUUGGUGGUCCUCAAGGUGCACCUGGCCCAUCCGGAGAGGAAGGCAAGAGAGGUGGUCGUGGUGAGCCUGGCGUUCAGGGUCUCCCUGGUAACUCCGGAGAACGUGGCUCCUCUGGAAAUCGUGGUUUCCCUGGUCCCGAGGGUCUUGCUGGUGCCAAGGGUGUCACUGGUGAACGAGGCGGUCCUGGACCUGCUGGUCCCAAAGGUGCUACUGGUGAAUCUGGCCGAACCGGUGAGGCUGGUCUGCCUGGCACAAGGGGUCUGACUGGUAGCCCUGGCAGUCCUGGUGCUGAUGGCAAAGCUGGUCCUUCUGGUCCAGCUGGUCAAGAUGGACGUCCUGGACCAGCCGGUGCUGUUGGUCAAAGAGGUCAACCUGGUGUGAUGGGGUUCCCUGGUCCCAAAGGUGCUGCUGGUGAGGGUGGUAAAAGUGGUGAGAGAGGUAUCAUUGGCCCUGCUGGUGUGGUGGGUCUUCCUGGCAAAGAUGGUGAUAUUGGCGCUCCCGGUUCAACUGGACCUGCUGGCCCCUCAGGUGAGAGAGGUGAACAAGGAAUCACAGGACCAACUGGUUUCCAGGGUCUGCCCGGUCCUCCUGGUGCUGCAGGUGAACACGGAAAGAGUGGUGAACAGGGUAUUCCCGGUGAUGUCGGCCCCCCAGGCAGUUCAGGUCCAAGAGGCGAGAGAGGUUUCACUGGUGAACGUGGUAGUCCUGGUGCCAUGGGCCCAAGUGGUGGUCGCGGAUCUCCUGGCUCUUCCGGUAGCGAGGGCUCUAAGGGUGAUGCUGGCCCACCAGGUGCUCCAGGUGGCCAAGGUGCUCCAGGUCUGCAGGGUAUGCCCGGUGAGCGAGGUUCUAGUGGUCUUCCUGGUCUCAAAGGUGGAAGAGGUGAAUCCGGUGUAAAGGGAGUUGAUGGUGCACCAGGCAAAGAUGGAAUAAGAGGUAUGACUGGAGCAAUUGGACCACCUGGACAUGCUGGUAUCAUUGGAGAGAAGGGUGAAGCUGGUCCUCCUGGACCUUCUGGACCUGCUGGCGCUCGUGGUUCAAAUGGAGAUCGUGGUGAGUCUGGUGCCCCUGGCCCUGCUGGAUUUGCUGGUCCCCCUGGUGCUGAUGGGCAAGUUGGUGCUAAAGGUGAAGCUGGAGAUACUGGUGCAAAGGGUGAAGGUGGUCCUUCUGGUCCCAUUGGUGCUGUUGGAAUCGCUGGUCCUCCCGGUCCUACUGGUUCUACCGGUGCUAAAGGUGCUCGUGGUGCCUCAGGCCCACCUGGUGCUACUGGAUUCCCCGGUGGAAUUGGAAGAGUUGGUCCACCCGGUCCUAGUGGAAAUGCUGGUCCUACUGGUCUUCCUGGACCUCCCGGCAAAGAAGGCGGCAAAGGUAUUCGUGGUGAAACUGGUGUUGUUGGCCGUCCUGGUGAGCCCGGCAUUGCUGGACCCGCUGGCCCUAGUGGCGAGAAGGGUGCACCUGGUUCUGAUGGUCCUUCUGGUGCUCCUGGUAUGCCCGGACCCCAGGGUCUUGCUGGUGUCCGUGGAACUCUGGGUCUCUCAGGAAUGAGAGGCGAACGUGGUAACAUGGGUCCCCAAGGACAAUCUGGCGAGUCUGGCAAGCAAGGUCCAGCUGGUUCAUCUGGUGAGCGUGGUCCUCCUGGACCAAUGGGUCCUCCUGGUCUCGCUGGCCCAACUGGUGAAGCUGGUCGUGAGGGUGCUCCUGGAGCAGAAGGUGCACCUGGUCGCGAUGGUGCUGUUGGCUCCAAGGGUGAUCGUGGUGAAGCUGGUGUGUCUGGUGCCCCUGGCGCCCCUGGUGCCCCUGGUGCCCCCGGCCCAGUUGGUUCCUCUGGAAAGACCGGCGAUCGUGGAGAGCCUGGUUCCGCUGGCCCUGCAGGUCCCUCUGGUCCAAUGGGUUCACGAGGUGCAAAUGGUUUAACUGGUCCACGUGGUGAUAGAGGUGAAUCCGGUGAGAAUGGCGCAAGAGGCAUUAAGGGACACAGAGGUUUCCCAGGUGCUCAAGGUCUUCCUGGACCACACGGUCCUCCUGGUGAACAAGGUCAAUCUGGUCCCUCUGGUGCUGCUGGUCCACGUGGUCCAGCUGGGCCUUCAGGUUCUUCCGGUAAAGAUGGUGUAAGUGGCAUGCCUGGUCCAAUUGGUCCUCCUGGUCCUCGUGGUCGCACUGGUGAAAUUGGCCCUGUUGGCUCCCCUGGAUCUCCUGGUAUUCCCGGCCCCCCUGGUCCAUCUCAAGGAGGAUUUGACUUCCAAUUUGCAGCCCCACAAUCCGAGAAAGGCCCAGACCCACUCCGUUACUUCAGAUCAGAUGAUGCUGGCGCCGUUGCAGACCGUGACAUUCAAGUCGACACCACCCUGAAGUCCCUUACCCAGCAAAUUGAGAACAUCCGCAGCCCCGAAGGUACCAGGAAGAACCCAGCCCGCACUUGCCGGGACCUGAAGAUGUGCCACGCAGAUUGGAAGAGCGGAGAUUACUGGAUUGAUCCAAACCAAGGGUGCAUCCUGGAUGCCAUUCGUGUCUAUUGUAACAUGGAGACUGGCGAGACAUGCGUCUAUUCAAGCCCACAGUCCAUCCCACAAAAGAACUGGUACACAACCAAGAAUCCAAAGGAGAAGAAACAUGUCUGGUUCGGCGAGAACAUGGAUGGUGGCUUCCAGUUUGGAUAUGGUGGUGAUGAUGGCGUUCUUGCUAGCGAUGUCGCAAUCCAGAUUACCUUCCUGCGCUUAAUGUCUUCCGAGGCAACACAGAACAUCACAUACCACUGUAAGAACAGCAUUGCCUACAUGGACGAAGAAGCUGGUAAUCUGAAGAAGGCCGUCUUGCUGCAAGGUUCCAAUGAGAUUGAAAUCAGAGCAGAAGGCAACAGUCGAUUCACAUACAGCGUUACUGAGGAUGGUUGCACGACACAUACUGGCGAUUGGGGUAGAACAGUCAUUGAAUACAAAACAACGAAAACAUCACGACUGCCUAUUAUUGACAUUGCACCUAUGGACGUUGGUGGCGCUGAUCAAGAAUUUGGUGUUGACAUUGGCCCAGUCUGCUUCUUGUAAAACGGACUUGAAAUUUACUUGCAGUCAUCUCUAAACUUUCUAUGCAUUGAAUCCUAAAAUCAUUCGACAGCCACGGUCCACUUGCUUAAACUUCGGGCCUGAAGACGGGUGGGACAACUACAAGGACACUUUUUUUAUGUUCUCCGUUUCUAUGGCAACAGGAAAAUCAUACUUGUCAGGUGUAAGCUUCCCCUUGGAGUUCAGAGAUCACUGCAGGUGACAUUUUGCCAUAUACCACUGCAGAGAAAAACUGAAAGAUUGUAUGUACCAUUUUCAGGUGGCAAAAUAAAUUUGAAAAAAUGUCAAACGUUUGUUAUUGUCCUUCUACAUGUGGCAAGAAACCAUCAAAAUCUGUUCUUUCCUUUUUUGUAGUGCAGAAGAUUAAAAAAAAACAUCCUUACAUCUUCUAAUACAUAUCUUUUAGGGCUACCUCACACAAAUGUUACCUAGAAUAUCAACAAGCCAGUGAAUCAAAAAGAAAUGCCGGGAUAGGUUACACAGCUUUAACAAAAUAAUGUAUAAAAGAAAGGUGCUAUUUAAGCUUAGGUUCUUUUAAUCCUUCAAUACAUCAAGGAUAAGAUCCUUUGACUGGUGCUGAGAUACAUUCCUCACUGUUAAGGAAGACAGUGAAUUUCUGUUCCAUAUGAGGUGCUAUUUAGAAGUGUUUGUCUACACUAGGAGAAAGCUUUUAUGUACAAAACAAAACACCGUAAACUGCCUGUCUUUUUCAAAGUUAAGCAUGUGGAUCCCUUUCUACCCUGCCAUUCCUGUUCCAUCAUCUCAAUGCCCUUCUCGUGCUUUUUUUUAGCAAUACUUCUUUUUUUUUUCUACUCUAGAGGGGGAAAAAGAGGCAGACAUUUCUGGGGCAAGUACAUGGAUAUGUACCUGUUUUGUAUAUGUAUAAUAAUUUGAGAUGUUUUUAAUUAUUUUGAAUGCUGAAAUAAAGCAUGUUAAAUGA